CUCCCCCCCCCCCCCAACUCUUUGCCGCGAGCUUGGCGGGUAGAGGGGACGGCUCUGAGAGUGCGUGGGAACUUGGAGACACUGACCCGAGUGUCUCCGGCGUGUCCGCCCUUCGACUCCCCAGUCCACCAAGAGCGUUUCGAGACGUCUCCCUUCACCCAAGCCCAGCGACCCGGCUUGGGCCGGCCAGCACCAUUCGCUCCACACGCGUCGCCCCCUUCCCCACCACGUACUUGGGCAGAUGAGACCGGGGCCCCGUGGUGUGACCAUGGCUUCCUCUGACCUGGAUCACCUGAAAAUUAGCUACAGAACAAGAUUUUGCUAUAAUUCUAGGGUUCCUGAUACUGAUCUAUGGCAAGGUCAGAAUAUACUGGAAAAUAUACAAGACUGUUUUGAAGAAAAAAACUCUUUUUUAGGUUCUGACACUGGCUUUAGCACAAAUCCUGGAAGUCCAACUCUUUGUUCAACUCCUUGCAAAUUAAGAAAUUAUUCUUAUUCAUCACCAGAUAAAGAGUGCCAUAUAUCACCUUCAAAGUCUGAUAGGAUUUCUUCAGUGAAAAAGAAAGCUAAAACCUCAGCCCUUUCACAGCAAUCUGUUAUGUUACAAAAUCAAACAAAUAACAGUUCAGGUGGAUCACCAGGUCUUUUGGCCAAGGAAACAGAGAUGUUACCAUUACCUCAGCAAGCUACUCCUACUACACAAGAUAGACGGAGCCGGGUGUUUCAAAAUUCAGUCAUCCAACAACCUUUGCUUCCCAAAUCGAGUCUUAAAACUAAAAAGAGCUUAAACUGUGAAGAUAUAGCAGUUUGGUCUCCUGUGAAGAAAGGAGAAAAAGAUGUUCAGGUGUCAGAAGGACGACAGAAGAGGAAACAGUCAGAAUCUUCUGAGCAAAUAACACAAGAUCCAAAGCAGAAAAUUCAACAAAAAACUGAAAUGAAUUUUUCAACUUUACUUUUAGAAGCAGCAAAAAGGAACUGUAGAAACAGUUCUGUCCUUAGGCAUGUGUCAUCGCCACAGAUCCGUUCUCCUUCCCCCUUUUCAAAUGACUUAGAAUCAUCAAAUGAUGAAUUUAUAAUUGAUGAAUCAGAUUGCUCUUUCUCUCAAGACUGGAUUUUAAUACCUAACAAGAAUAGCAAGUCUGCAAAACAGAGCAAGACAACCCCAGUGGAGAACUCCCAGGACCCAGAAAGAAAAAAGUCAAGGAUAGAGCAACAGAAAGGAGAAAAAUGCAGCUCAGCAAGUGAUAAACACCCUGAUGCAGAGAAUGGAAUUUCAGAUGUUAUUAGUGGAGAGAAGACCUCAAAAUCUGUAAAACAUAAAACUCGAGCAGUGGAGAAAUCACAGUCCUCUAAAAGAAAAAAAUCAGACAAUUUAUCUGGUGAAAUGGAAAAUGCUUCUGAAUCCACAAGACAUAGAAUAUAUUCUGAGGAAUCAGAACAAUUUUUGGAAAAUAAAAAGGCUGUUGUGCAGCACCAGAAUGAAAAGUGUGAGACCCAAAUAGAUAAUAGACAGUCUGAUGAAGAUCUAGUUAAUUUUGCUGAAGAAAACCAAGAUAGUUUCCACAGUGAGCUAAAUAUUGCAGAAGUAGAUACUGCAUUAAGAACUACUAAAUCCAAAACUAACUCAGUGGAGAAAUCACAAACUACAGAGAGAAGAAAGUUCAGGAAAUGUCAGAAUAGAGAAUACAAGUGCAAAGUAGGUGUGAAGCAGCAUGGCAUAGAGCAGACCAAGAAGAAAAGAUGUAAUGUGUCACAAACAAAUCAAGAUGAGUUACAAAGGAAGUCUGACAGAAGUUUAGGAAAACGGGAAGAAAGAGCAGAAUCUUGCCACUCUGCAGAACAAACACAGUCUGCUGCUGGAAAAGGAAAAAACAACAAUGGUACUUCUCAACAAAUUCAGAAAAAAGGACAUUUAAAUAAGAUGGCAUCUAAAAACCAACAAAUGUCUAAGAAGGGAGAAAUUAUACUGAAACAAAACCAAUCUCCAAAGGUCACUGUUACUAGAAGUCAGCGAAUUUCUAAGCGUCCAUCUAAUUGGUGGGUAGUUACAGCAGAACAGAGUAAUCUGUUUUAUAGUCCUGCUUUGGAGUUACCAGUAAACAAUAAAAAAAAACCCAAACUAUCUAAAGAAACAAAAAAGAUACCUAUCAAGACUUUGGAGAAAGGAACUCUUUCACUCAAACGACAGAAAUCAUCUAUUUGUGCCAAGCCAAAAGAAGCAUCUAUUCCAAACAAACAAAAGAGAAAGAAAUUAUCAUAUUCAAGUGAUGAAAAUUGUGAUAUGGCACACACAGUUCCCAAACUCGAUGAACAAGAAGAUUCAUUGAAAGAAACUCCAAAAAAGAAAAAUGCUGCCUGUUCUAGUUCUGCAGAACCCCCUAAGGAAUGUAUUGAUGAUGUUCAAAAUGUUAAUCUGACACCAACAAUGCCAACAUCAGAUUCUAAAACCUUUGUGACUUCAACCAUGGAAGAAAGUGGACCAGCCAGGUUAAGGAAUAUCGUUUUAACAUCUACAAACAACAGAAUCCUUGGAGAUGAACAGGAAUGUGGUACAGACCUUCCUGACAAAAUGCCAUGUGUUCGUCGCACUGCAAGAAUUAAAAUGAAACCUUUGGAAUACUGGAGAGGAGAGCGAGUAGACUCUGAAGGUGGACUUGUGGUCAAUGGGACAGUAUUUAAUGACAGAGUUUCACCCAGAAAGAAGUCUAACAGAAAAAGGGAAAAAGUUAAUACAGAUUCUUGUGAAGACGAACAAAAAAAGAAAGCAAUUGCUGCUCUGAAUGUAUCUCUUGGAGAUCCUUUAAAACCAACUUGUGUAUUCGACCCAGGAAGAGAACAAAUGGUUUUCAGGGACCUUGUGAAGCUUAAAGGUACACAUGAAUUUUGUGUUCAGGAUGACACAUUGAAAAUGUUUAAAAUUUUGAAUACUUCAUUGUUUGCCACUGGCACAUUGAUUUUGGAGCCCUUUAAAGAAAAGGGAAAACAGUAUGUCUGUUCAGAUACAGUGGUAUUCUUUAUUGUCUGUGGUGAUCUUAUAUGUACUUUACAUGAGACAUCUUACAAUUUAACUACUGGAGAUAUAUUCUAUGUUCCUUCAGGUAAUUUUUACAACAUAAAAAAUCUCCUGAAUGAGAGAAGCAUUCUUCUUUUCACUCAGAUAAAAAGUGAAAGACCAGAAAAGUAAAAAACUGCAUGUGCAUACAUAACAUUGUUGUACCGUUUUCCCUGGGAGUCAUUUUUUUUGUGUGUUUGGAAUUAUAAACAUCCUGUUUUGUGUACAUAAAUAAUAUUAUAAAUAUUUUCAAACUUC